AUGACGAGAAUCAGAGUGAUGGGCCCGAAAUCCGAUAAUCUGGGGCCCGUGAGCUACCGCCGAUGCUGUGGCGUCGACGCCAACGGCAGCGUCACCAAUAACGUGCUUGUUACGAUCAAGUUGGGGGAGCAACUACGACAGGUUGGACAGAAUGAGAAAGAGACGGGAGAGAAGGAGGAAAUGGCCAGGGAAGAGAGUACAACAAGCCAUGAGCAGACUGGGCAUUUGCCACCAGCGGCAAGGCAGCAAACAACAAAUGAUGAUGGUGGCGAUUAUGAUGUACAAAAGGACACCGAAAAAAUACCUACACAACAGGAUCACGCAGACUCGGACUCAGAGCUCGAGGUGCUUGAAGUGAGGGUUCUUCCGCCUCGAAGAGCCAUAGACACAGACGACGAGUCGGACCUUUCGUCGUUGGACGAGGAGCUCAACCAGGCUCUUUCUUCAACUACCACCAUGCCCACCCAGCUUGUCACGUCUCCCAAUAAAGAGCCUGAGCCCGUCAGCAAACCUUACCACCCACCCAUCCCCAUGCAUAAACUUCUUCCUACAUUGUACAAGCCCGUGAAGCUCCGAUCAACGCCGGCGCCUCCAGGUUACAGACAGAUCCCGCCAAACUUGGUGUGUGCCAUCCAAAGGGAACUCAACAUGUUCUUUGACACAGGAGACAACGAUAAGGACGCUUUGGAGGUGGUCAACAAGGUGAUCUUUUCUCUAAAGGAUCCUUACUCCGCGACGAAAAUCAAGCUACCGGUGAAGGCUACGACAUGCCGCCAUUUUGAGUGCUUUGAUCUUGACAAUUUCUGUACAUUUUCCAAGAUGCCCUCGGGAAUCCGCCAUACUCUACGCAAAUCGCUAGUUCAGAAAAGCCACGACGCCAGGAGACUCGAACAACUCUUUCUUAAGCAACAAAAACUCAUAGCAGAGGGGGCGUUGCUGUUCAAGGCGCCUGGUCUCGUGUACCCGCUGUUUUCUGAGCACGGCCAGAUGUUCUUUCUGGAAGUUUACAGCAGAACGCCUCCCUUGUACAAGUGUCCAUUGUGUGACGAGAAGUUCGGCUUGAAGCAGCUUUACAUCAGUGACAUCUUCAACUUCCUUGUGAAAACAACCCCUCGGUCUGUCACAAGGAUAGAGUUGGUCGAGACAGAUAAGUAUAAAAUUAUAGACGAGGAUACACCAGCGCAGGAUGAGAAGACAGCAACGCCGGACGUUGUUGUUCUCUCCGAAGACGAAUCGGACGAAGGAGAGGUGAAGAAAGAAAAAACUGCACCAGCCAACAAGUCCUUCAGUGCUGAAGAGUUCAACGAUGGCUUGGACGACAUGUUGACCCAUUUGAGCCCAGAGGAUGGCACGUGGAACAACCCGGUGACACUCUAG